AUGAUGGGAGAAACAACCAUUUUUGAAGAAUGCAUAGCUCUUGGACCAUGGGGUGGUGGUACACAACUAGUGGUGAAAGAUUGGAUUUUUAUGCCAGACGGGUUUAUUAAAAAGAUUACAAUUGGAUAUGGAAGGGUUAUUGAUUACAUAACAUUCCAAAGUGACACUCAAAGCUCCACUAUCGGUACAGCUGGCAAGAUUGGGUGCCAAAAUUGUGACGUGAUUUGCAUUCAAUACCCAAAUGAAUAUUUAACUUCAAUAAGUGGGGCGAUUGGCAUCCAUGAAGGUUCUGAAGUAGUGAUGUCGUUAGGCUUUCACAGAAAUAGGAGACAGUAUGGCCCAUUUGGCUCUGCGGGUGUCACUGGUUUUUCAUACGAUGGUAAAGGGGGGAUGAUUGUUGGGUUUCAUGGACGUUUUGGCAAAUUCAUUGAUUCUAUUGGGAUAUAUGUGAUGCCUAAAUCACUGGCAUUAUAUCGAAACUGUAAAUCUGAUGACAAAUCCGGACAUAAGUUGUUGAUAAUGGGAUUAAUGCCGAGGGGCGUAGGACCUUGGGGGGCUUCUGGAGGUAAACGCUGGGAUGAUGGAGUUUUCAACCAUGUGAAACGAGUAUGUGUUCACUUGGGGAAGUCUUGUAAUGUGAUAUAUGGCGUUCAAUUUGAAUAUGUUAAAAAAGAUGGUAAAUAUUUUUCUUCACCUGUUCAUGGUGGUGGAACAGAUGCAGAGAAAACAGAACAGGUUGAUUUGGAUGGUGUGCAAGAGUUUUUGACUGGGAUCUCGGGGUUUUAUGGACCCGUUGAGGGAUUUAGUGGAUCGCAAGGUAUAACAUCAAUUGCUUUUCACACAAACAAGAAGAUGUAUGGGCCUUACGGAAAAGAAAGGGGUGAAGCAGGGUAUGCUUAUUUCACAUCUACUGCAUCUCCUGGGAAAAUUGUUGGUUUUCAUGGUAGAAAAUCUGACAUUCUAAUCGCAAUUGGUGUUCAUAUGGAGUAUUUCUGAAGAUAAUGAUGAUGGAAGAAGCGUAGAC